AUCAAAACGCCUUUUGGGAUCAACAGUGAGAAAACACUUGGAAAAAUCAGUUUGCAAUUUUUCCUGCUAAAAUGAUCUUCUUGGUUACUGUUUUGAGCUGUGUUCCAGAAAGCAGAGGCUUCUCUGAGCCAGACUUCUGAUCUGUGAAGUAGUGUUCUUGUUCAAACACUUCCAGGAGCCCUACGGAUAGAUUGCAAUAUAGCUGAGACAUCUUGGGUUAAAUAGUGCCCUAGCAAAGAAGCUUUACAAAGUGCCAAAGAGACUUUUAUCAGUUUGGAAGUUUUUCUUCGUCUAUCUCUCUAGUAAAGAUGGAUGUAAAGCUAAAAGAUCGGGACUUCUGGUACAGUCUCCAUGGUCAAGUCCCCGGGAUGUUGGAAUGGGACAUGGGGAAUGAAUUCUUCCUGCCUUGUACCACAGAUCAGCGCUCUUUAGCUGAGCAGAGUCUCGCCAAAUACAAAAUUCAGCUACUAAAGCCACCAGUGCUGCCUCAGGAGAGGAAAGUCAAUCCUGAUGAUGACGACCCUGUCACUGAACCCAGCUUGUGGAUGUGGGUAAAUCCCAACAUUGUGUGCCCCAUCAACAGCAAAGAAGCUCCAAAUCCCAGUCAUAAAGUUCUGCCAAGUGUACCAGUACCAAAGAUUGAUGAGUCUCCGUUCUUAGGGACUCAGAGAGUGAUCCAGUCCCUGUCUGUUCUCCACACUGAGCAUUGUCAGCCACAAAAGCUGUCUGUUUUCCCCAAUAACCCUAAUAUCAUAGGCGAGGAGACUGAGGAACAGGAAUGCACAUCUUCUAACAAACACCCCAAGAAGCACACACUGUACCAUGGCCCACACCAGGACAGGGAGUCCUGGCCUCGCCCUCCUCUCAACUACAGCCAUCUAGUUGCUCUGGCAUUAAAAAGCAGCCCUUCCUGUGGCCUCAAUGUGCAACAGAUCUACAAUUUUACUCGACAACAUUUCCCCUACUUCCGGACAGCACCAGAGGGCUGGAAAAACACCAUUCGUCACAAUCUCUGUUCCCUAACUUGCUUUGAAAAGGUGCCAGCCGACAUUGAGGAAGAGGUGGAUGACAAACCUCGCUCUUUCAUCUGGAAGCUCACUGAUGAGGGACACCGCUUCUUUCAGGAGGACACCCGUGUCUUGGCUUAUGCUCGAAAGGAGAGCAUCAAGCAGUGCAUGCGCCAACCAGAGCUGAUAGACCUUCUCUUUCAUCUGUAAUGUGUUCUUCCUGUGUGUGUGUGUGUGUGUGUGUGUG